GGGGGGGGGUGCUGUUUGUUCUGGGCAGAGACAAAGGCAGUGGAAAGAGCUGAGAAACCCCAGUUCCCUGUGUAUUGGGGGCCUGUAAGGUGAGACCUGCGGGAGCCGCGGGAGCUGCUGGAGCCGCGGGAACAAGGAUGGCUGAAGCUGCGUUCUCCGGCGUGAAGCUGGAGAAGAGUGUCAGGCGCCUCAGGGAGAAGUUUCAUGGCCAUUUGUCUGUGAAGAAGGCAAAUGUCUUAAUGGAGAAAUACAACCAGGACCAUGAGCUCGUCUCUUCCUGGCUGAUUAAACAAAUGAAUGAGUUCAGAUCAGAAAAAGAAGAUGUGCACCAAGCAGACCGAACUGUCCAGGAUCAACAAAAUGUCUUGAAGGACAGAGACAUUGAGGAGGUGGCCGCCACCAUAAGCUUACCCCUGACCGAGGAAAAUCUGCGCAUGCUGGAUGAUGCCCAGAAGGGCCAUAUUGCCAAGGAAGACUGCCAGUUUGCCUGCGGUACCUGUAAUAAUGUGUGGUGGCGCCGGGUACCCAUGCGCAAAAAGGUGUCCCGGUGCCGGAAGUGCAAAGUGAAAUACGAUCCAGUGCCCAAAGACAAGAUGUGGGGUGAAGCCAAGUUUCAGUGUUUACAGUGUGGCCAUACCUUCAUGGGUUUUGCCCAGAUGGGAACUCCAUCUCCAUGCUACUGCUGUGGCAACUCUGUCCUGCCAAAUCGGAUCCUCCCCCCACGCCGACCCCAGAAUGAGAGAGGCAGAAAAAAUACACACAGCUGCUUUGCUGAGGACUGCUACAACAGACAAGGAUCCUUCACACCAGGGACCUUCUGUGUGCACCCCAAGAGCCGGAAACAGAAAAAUAUGCCUGUUGUCUUGUGGCCAAGUGCCGUCCAUGAGAGCACUGGCUCCACCGUGGCCACCUGCCUUAGCCAGGGUAGCCUCAUGGAAGACCUGGACAACUUAAUCCUAGAGGACCUCAAAGAGGAAGCAGAGGAAGAGGAAGGCAACUAGGAACUUUUGAUUGCCAUUUCCAGGGGCAGCUGGGUGGCGCAGUGGAUAGAGCACCGGCCCUGAAGUCAGGAGGACCUGAGUUCGAAUCUGACCUC